AUGCUAUGUAUUUGCAGGAAAGCUCUAAUUGAUUGCAAAUUUGGAAAUAUCAAAUUUGUUUCUGUGGAGGGGGAUUUCUCAAAUUCCAGGCUGCUGCAGUUUGCUUUGGCUAUUGAGGAUGUUAAAUCUUGGUUGAAAAAUAAGAGUGAGUUCAUUACUAAGGGUAGGUUGAAAAAUAAGAGUGAGUUCAUUACUAAGGGUAGGGGCCUAAUUUUUACUUUUGCCCUGGACCCUGAAAAAUUCAAGACCGGCACUGGGUCUCCUCCAAGGAGAGGUUGGUUUAAAGUUAAUUCUGAUGCGGCUUGGAAAAAGGACACCAAUCGUGCUGGUAUAGGAGCGAUGAUCCGUGACUCGAAAGGACUGCUAUGCGGUGGUUCUGCGGAAAGUAUGAUUUGUCAUUCUGUGUUGGAGGCUGAGGCAGAAGCUGCUUUGGGUGGGCUAAAGUUGGCGUUGCUCUCUAAUUAUCGUAAGGUUACUAUGGAGACAGAUUCCCUUGUCCUCAAGGCUGGUGUUGAUGGAAAGCUUGAAAAUCGCGCUUGGAAAAUUCUUCCUAUUCUUCUGGAAAUUAGGCUUGAGUGGAGUUGGAUCCCUCGCAAAAAGAACCUAGCGGCUCACGCUGCGGCUUCGUUUGGUAUAGGAACGGUGCAUAGGGUCACCUGGCUGGAUCAGCCACCACCGUCCCUUAUGGGUGUUUUAACUUUUGAUGGGCUUCCAUGCCCCCCUGUCAUUUAA